CUGCCCAAAACAAACUCUAGGCCUGACUGCGACCGAGCGAAAGACAGAAGACAGCGGCUGAGCGGUGGUUGUUUACAAAGUUUCCUGAUGGAAAUAGAAGCCUCAUUCUGAUUGGAUAAUCAGUUAAAUGGAUGUCGAAGGUUACAACAUGGCAGCUCACGGUGGUGGAGAUGAGGAAGUAGAAGAAAAGCCGUCUGUUGAAGUGGUGCAAAAGAGGAUGCUUGAAAAUAUUGCCAAUAGCAACGCAAGAAUUUCCAGUCAGCAAAAAGAUGAAAUUGAUUUAACUCUCGAACAAAAAGUUGUCAUUUUGAGAGAACUUUUUGAAAAGAAACCAGCCGUCUUUGCUGAACGAUUCCACAUGUAUUUAGCUGAAGAAGAUCUGAUUGCAUUUGAAAACAAUAAGUUAUACGAAGUAGACUUCUAUUUAAAGGAAGCAAGAAAACGUUUAGCUUCUAACAACUCUGAUGUCGUCGUGAAAAAUAGACGAUAUGAAGCACUUCGGAAGCUGGAGAGAGAAGGGGUUUAUUUUGGGGACGAAGCAAUGAAUGAGAGAGCUCCGUAUAUGUAUAAUUAUUAUAUUGGACAGUAUCAGAGUCAAGCCGAGAAGGAAAGACCGUACGAUAACACAGACCUGAAGUUCUCCACAAUUCUAAUAGACUUUAUGCACAGGCAGGAUAGGGAGGCUUUGUUCAAGAGCCAACAGGAAGAUGAAGAAUGCAUGGAAGAGGAGGAGGAAGAGGAAGAAGAUGAGGAUGAUGACGAAGAAGAAAAAGAGGAUGAAGUACAUUCCAGUCCUGAUCCGAAGGAAUCCGGCAGUAAAGUAACCAUAACUGAUGAGGAGAAACAUCUGCUCCGUGAGGAAUUCAUGAGUCAUAUGAGAGAACGUUUCUUAAGCGGAAAAGAUGAGGAUUUUGAUUAUACAAGUGUGGAUUUUAAUAGAGAGUAUGAUUCUGUAGAAACACGGACUCAAGAUGAACAGGAGAAAUAUUUUGAUGAUGACUGAAGUUUUGUUUUUAAACUACUGUAUACACUAACUGGAAUAGCUGAUGUAGUUUCGAGUCUCAAUCUUGUGGUCUGGCCUUGAAUCUGUUUUCGUUCACUUUUGUGUCCUGGGUCAUAACACUUUAGUCCUCAUUUUUGUAGUAUCAUGACCUUUUGUAAUAUCAAGCAUCAAAGUGAGAUAGCCCUUGCUAUGUUGUCCCAAGUUCAUUAAAUACACAUAAUAUGUUUUCUAUACCAGGCCCAUGGAGGUUUAUCUGAGAAGACUUGGUUUUAUCACAACCAUGAAUGAGCAGCUUUAACCACUCAGUUGCUUAACUCACAGGAGCCAACUCCUGAGUAACGUAACUAAGGCUUGACAGAAUUCCAAUCAAUAUAGUUUUUAAAAUCAUUGGUGUGCUUUCUGUUAUUUUUUAAAUGGUGUUUUUUUUUAAAUAUAAAUUUUACAGUUCUAAAUUUUAAUUAUUGUUUUAAUCUGGAUCAGAUUGAAAACUGAGCAUGCAACUCAGAAUAAAGGAUAUUGAAAUGGGUACCUACAGUAGUAGGAAGUGUAUGGUGCAGUGGUGUAAAAAAGGAGUCCAAGAACCCUAGCUAAGGCUUCUCCUCUGGCCCUAUACCCUGUGGGAUAAGUCCAGCACUUGUGAUUUUAAGGAAGUUUUUUCUUUUUUCACAAGUUAGUGCUCGUUAAAAAGGCCCUGCUCGGCCAAUGUAUGGGGUUAAAAUGCUAAUAAAUAUCCCAGGGCACUUUAACGCCUGGAUGCCCUAACUUUAUAUAGCUCUUACGCCAGUGGAAUACUAAAUCAGUGAUUAAUAUUUAUGCUAAUAGGCGAGACUUUUUUAAUACCUUGUUUUGUGAACUUAUUUUUUAAAGAUCUUCAGAGGAGGGUGGGAAAAAAAAUUAAAAUUAAAUUUUGUUUUCUUAUUUAGCAAAUAGUUUAGCCAAAAACAUCCAGAUGGAGGAGAAAAUAAAAACACAAUUUUAUUGCUGAAUGUAAACAGGGGAUGGUUAAAUGCUUUAAGUUUAUAUAAUUUGGAAGAAAUUUACAUAUCUUAUUUUAGAGAUUUCAAAGCAGGGCAAACGUAAUAAAAAUAAAGAAAAACUUUAAUUUUUUUCUGUAAUUUCUAUUUUUUCUUGGUGGUGGGUACAAUAAUUGGCCAAAAAUAAAAUUUUAUUUUUAUUCGAAAUUAUUAUUGGCGGAUUUACUAAACAAGGUAUAAAAAGGCCUUUCCUUACUACCCGGACCUCACAGGGAGCUCUCGCUCGUACAAGGUUUAUGAUUGUUGUUGUUCGCAGUGGAAAAUAUUACAUGCAUACAUUUUGUCAGCAUAUGUUAUAAAUAACAUAACCACAUGACUGUCAUGUUUUCAUCAUUAGCUAUUUAGCUGUUCUGUUUAAUUUCUUUUAAAAAAUUCAUUAUCAUCCAGGGAUAAAAAUUAUGCAUCAAAAACAAUGUCAAGGUUCAUAGAUGUUUAGGCCAAUUUGUAGAUAUAAAUUUUUCUUUCUUGAAAGUUUUAUUCCAGUGAAUUAAAAUCUUAUUACAAUUA